AUGUCGACGGAAAGCUCGCAAAGUCAAGCUUCCGCUUCCGUUCAUACCGACAGCAACGCGUCCUUCGUCAUCGAGGACGAGCAAAUGGACGCUUCGGUUACCGAGACUUACCUCGGCGAGUGGAAAAACGACCGUAGAACUGGUUUUGGAAUAUCAGAAAGAAGCGACGGUCUUCGAUACGAAGGUGAAUGGUUCAACAACCGGAAAUAUGGUUACGGAGUAACGACUUUCAGAGACGGUAGCAAGGAGGAAGGGAAAUACAAGAACAACGUUCUGAUAACGAGUCAAAAGAAGAAGCACCUGUUCUUGAUACGUUCUGCGAAAUUUCGAGAGCGAAUAGAGGCCGCUGUAAAUGCCGCCCAACGUGCCAGUAAAAUAGCCUUGCAAAAAGCCGACAUUGCGAUAUCGAGAACGGCGACUGCUAGAGGAAAGGCCGAGCUGGCUGAUAUUGCUGCUGAACAUGCCAGGGAGGAUUCGGACAUUGCCCAACACACCGCUAGACAAUUUGCUCCUGAUUUCCGACAACCGGGACUCGAGAGAUUGAGAAAUCGUGAGAUACCAAAAUAUGUUCCACCCCCGCAAGACGCCACCCCAGGAAAAAGCAUUUUACAUAAAAAUACGGGUCUUCAGGAACAAAAUUUGCAGGAAAAUGCCAGUCAGACUCAGAGUCCGUCCCAAGGAUCGCCCAUCGGCAAACAAAGUUUAGAAAAUCAACAAAUUAACCCCAUCGGUCCGAGUCAAAGUCUGACUCAAUCGAUCACGCAAUCUAUGAGAAGAGCUAGUAUGAAGCCAGCGCAAAAUCAGAUCAAUCAGAACAGUCAAAUUAGCAACAACAGUACCGUUUCGAAUCAACAAUCUCAAUCAUCCGCUUAUCAUCCGACUCAAAGUUAUAAUAAUAUGGCCACGGUUCAACAAAAUCAGUAUCAACAACCAGCGGUACAGACCGCAGGUUACUCUCAUUCGGUAAAUGCGUACAACACUCAGGUGAAUAAUACUAGCCAAUUGACGUCGUCGUCAUCGUCGCAAAAUCAAUUUCAAACAAAUUAUGGACAAAGUCAUCAAUCCGCGACUGGUUAUGGGAGUGCUCAAGUUCAGGGACAGUUCUCGCAACAUAAUAACGCUGGUAAUAAUCAGUUGUUACAAAACCAACCGCCAUAUGCUAUGCUGAAUCAGCAGGAUCAGGCCUCCGAACAAUAUCAGGUUUAUCACCAAUCGCAAGGAUACAAUCAAAAUCAGUAUCAGCAACAAAGUUUUCAGAAUCAACAGAUAUUAUUGCCUAUAAAUUCUACUAGUACUCCGGUCAUUUUCGGUCCCAUGACGCAACCACAAAUGAAUCAAUUUGGAGCUCAACUUUACACAGGACUUUCGCCUACGAUGCAACAACAACCAAUGAAUAAUCAAAUGGUAAACCAAAUGAACCAGAUGAAUCAAAUCAACAACCAUAGUCAGAGUCAAAAUCAAUAUAACAUAUUGCCUAAUUAUGGAGUACAACAACCACAAGGCGGUGUUGGUGGAAAUCAGCAACUGAUGCAGCAACAACAAUAUCAACAUGACGCUUCAGGUGGUAGUAGCGAACAAAUGAUGUUUAUGCAACAACAACAAAGAGGAGCUCCCAAUUCGACUAGUAUACGAAGAAACAGUAGGGUACUGAAUCCUCAGGACAGACCUGGGGGACAAGGAAUAGGACAGGCAUUAAGCGAUAGACUUGACCAUUACAAACGACCUCCUAGCAGAGAUAGUUCCGUAGAUCGAUACGCGAAAGCACAUUCAAGACUCACAGGUUCGAGACAGCCCUCGGUUGACAAAACGACUGUUAUAACACCGACAAAUUCUCCUGGCAUGGCGACGCAAGAAUCGAUCGACAGAUCUGCGAGGGGAGGAAGCACUUUCAGAUCCGCAACGCCUCUCAACGGUUCAGCAGUUGGAAGUGGGGCAGCAACCCCGGUGUAUACCGUUCCCACGUCUAGUCAGUUCGAGAACGCUUUGAUACGAAAUCGAGGCCUGGGGCAGGAUAUCCUCCCCAGUCCUGGACAACCGAAAAGAACGGAAAGCCUUUACGUCAGUCCUGGUCCUCGAGGAUCAGUUCCAUCGUCAGGUGGCGGAGGUGGGGGAGGCGGGGGAGGAGGAGGACCAAAGCAUAAAAACCACCAUACCUAG